AUGUCCGCCUCCAAGAGGACGGUUCUCAUCACGGGCAGCACGCGCAGCAUCGGCCUCGCCCUUGCGCAGUACUACACAAAACAAGGCUGGAACGUCAUCGGCACGACGCGGACCAACAGCAACACCGACGAGGUCUAUAGCGAAGGUCCCUUGCUCAUGGCCCUGUCGCCCUUCAAGACCGUCCAGCUCGAGGCGAGCGACGAAGCUUCGGUGCUUGAAGCCGCCCGCCAACUCGAGGGCGUGCCCAUCGACCUGCUUAUCAACAACGCUGGCAUCUACAUUGCCGACGACUUGGAGUCGGCCAAGAAGGACGCCUUCAUGCGCCAGUUCGAGGUGAACGCCGUCGGGCCGUUCCUCGUGACCCGCGCGUUGCUGCCGAACCUGCAGCUCGCGGCCAAGAGCCAUGGCAGCGCCACCGUCGCCCAGGUGUCAUCGUUCCUGGGCAGCCUCGGCUGCAAUACGAGCGCGACCGAGCAGUUUUUCGGCCACGCUUACGCCUACGCCACGUCCAAGGCUGCACUCAACAUGGUCACGCGCUCGCUGGCUGUCGGACUGCGCGACAGCAACAUCGUCUUCGUGACGCUCAACCCUGGGUACGUCGACACAGACAUGAACGACCACCAGGGCUACCUCAAGCCCUCCGACUCGGCUGAGAGCAUGGCAAACAUUGUGGCCCACCUGUCGAUGAAAGACACGGGCAAGUUCUACAACGCUGACAAGCAGUUUGGGGACUUCGAGCUGCCGUGUUGA